AUGUCUGAUAUCGACACUCUCGGCCAGGCCGAGUCUCAUUCUGGCCAUGACAGGGUUACAAAACAACAAGCCCGCCACCGGCAUAUCAACGACCGGGCGGUAAUCGAGAACCCUCUCUCUCACUAUACCGACGAACAGCUAGAGGCAGAUGUCACGUCAUUCGCGGAGAGGUAUCUGAACGUCGAUAAGGGAGCUUUGAUACGAGCUGCGCGUGUGGCAAAGGAUAUCAAGCUAUAUGACGAAGUUGCGAGAAACCCAAGCGGUGCGGCAGGAAAGGAGCUUCCGGUCCAGCUGACGGCGGAGGAGAAGCGGGCACUUGUUCGGGAACGCGACGUCCCGUUCAGCGAAAAGGGGAUGUGGACCAUCAUCAUUACUGUGUCCCUCGCAGCAUUCUUGCAAGGUAGGCAAACCAUCUUCUUGUCUUUGGCUCAAUAUCGGUUCACGGGCUCACCGAGCUCCCUAGGCCACGUGCAAGCGUCAUUCAACGGCUCCUCUCUGUAUGACACCGAGUUCGGGCUGAACACGACGGCAAAGAAAGACGACAACAGUGUGACGGGUAGCCAUGCUGAGUUGGGAAUCGAUGACUGGAAGCUGGGAGCCGCAAACGCGUCUCCUUUCUUGUUCGCUGCGCUGCUGGGGUGUCCUCUUGCGCUACCCGUAAACCAUUAUCUCGGUCGUAAAGGGGGGAUGGUGGUGGCUGCUUUUCUUAUCCUGGUCAGCUCGAUUGCUUCGGCCUUUGCGACGAACUGGGUGCAUCUUUUUGGUAUUCGGCUGGUGAAUGGUAUAGGUAUGGGACUCAAGGCCGUCAGCACUCCAAUCCUAGCCAGUGAGACCGCGGUUGGUUUCUGGCGUGGCACCUCCAUUCUCGCAUGGCAGCUGUGGGUAGCCGCGGGCCUGAUGGUCGGCUUCGCCUUCAACCUGAUCUUCGACACAGCGGCCAACAAGCGGCUGACCUUCCAACUCAUGGUGGGCGCGCCCAUGGUCCCCGCCCUCGCGCUGCUCGUCCUGGUCAUCUGUUUCUGCGAAGAAAGCCCGCGCUACCUGAUGCGCGUGUCGAGUCCCCGGUACGACCCGCAGCGGGCCUACGAGAUCCUCAAGAAGCUGAGGAACACCGAGCUUCAGGCUCUCCGGGACAUCUACCUCGUGCACAAGUCUAUAGAGCAGGAGGAAGUGCCGGGCGGGGUCGCGAAUCUCAAGUACAUUCCGGGAUUUGUGUCAACCGUGGUGGGAUUCCUGCGGCAGUGGAGGCAGCUGUUUCUUGAGAGGCGGUUGAGGAACGCAUUGAUUAGUAGCUCGACUGUGGCGCUUGCCCAGCAACUGUGUGGAAUCAACGUGCUGGCCUUCUACUCGGGCACGCUGUUCAGCCGCGCCGGUGCAGUGAAGCGAGAUGCCAUGUUCUUCAGUCUAGGCUAUGGAGCUGUCAACUUCAUCUUUGGGCUACCCGCCAUCCGAACGAUCGAUACGUUGGGCAGACGGAAAUGGCUGAUAUUGACACUCCCCGUGAUGGCACUCUUCAUGCUCCUCGCGGGCGUCUCCUUCAACAUCCACAACCUGAAUGCCAAGAUCCCAGUGGUGGCACUAUUCAUCCUCCUGUUUGCGGCCGCGUAUUCACCUGGUCUGGGGCCUAUCCCGUUCACCUACGCGUCAGAGAGCUUCCCGCUAUCUCACCGCGAAGCUGGGGCCGCGGUCGCCAUCGCGGUGAAUCUGGGCUUUGCCGGUCUGCUCUCCGUCUUCUUCCCGCGUAUCAAUUCCGGGCUGGGCGACGGCGGCUCGCUAUACCUCUUUGCGGGACUGAAUGUCUUGGCCCUGGUCAUGGUCUUCUUACUGUUGGAGGAGACCAAGAGGCGCAGCCUAGAAGACCUGGACCUCGUGUUUGCUGUGUCGAAGCGACAGUUCGUCAAGCACCAGGUUGUCGAGUACUUGCCGUGGUUCUUUAGGCGUUAUGUCCUGCGGAAGCACGAGUACAAGCCGAGUCUGUAUAUUGAUCUGAUCUGGGGGUCCAGAGGCGACGAAGACGAGCGGACACGGGCGAGGGAUGCGCGGCGGAUGGACGGGAGGAGAGAUAGUUCCGAGUCGGACAGAGACAGCACUCACGCGUAA